CACAACUCUUCAGACCUCAGCGGAACACGAGACCAGUCCCUCCACGCUGUCAACGCCUGCUGGUUGUAUUGGUUGUGGGGCUCUCUGCCUGCAGCAGUGUGGUCAGAGAGUCACUGUGGUUCCUUUGACGAUCAGGUCGAGACCAGACCCCUCACUGGAUGACGAACAUCCUUUCCCACCUUGAGGAAUCCAUGCGCAGGCCUUCGAUUUGGAAACUUUAAUUAAACUACAACGUGUGCUGCCGGUCUGAACUUUGGGCAAUUUGUGCUCAUCUUUAUCCGGAAAAAAAAGAUUUAGCUGAGUAUGCCACUUUUUUUAUUUUUGGGGAGUUCUGUCCACCAGAUUUAAAUCGUCCCAUUGGAGACCACAGAGUCCGGCCUCGAAGCAAACCCUAAGAGCACCUGGAGGUCAAGUGCUCUGCUUGAGGGCCUCUUAGAUUCAUCCAAAAGCAAAACAUUAUUCAGUCACUGCUUAGUAUUUCAGUUAUCUAGGGUGUUAAACCUGCAGCAUCACAUUUUCUUUAUAGACAUUGAGAUUUAAGCUCCCGCUGCUCGACAUUUACACAAACUUCAGUUUUUAGGAUGUUUUGCUCCAAAAGAAAAUGGGGCGUGCUUAAUGUAUCCGUGCACUGCAGGUAUAAAGCAGAGGGGGUUUACAGGCUGGUCUAAUACACACACACACACACACACACACACAUGCUGCAGGGGGACAGAAGGAGAACAGGAGCAACACCAGUGAGUUUCUUGUUAUUAAUCUUUGUCUGCAGGAGGUUGAGCUCAGGCUAUUCGUGGCCCAUGCAGGCUCACAUAUGCUCAUCAUCAGCACGCAGUUCCUCUGAUACUCGUUCUGUUGCAGCACUAAGGACACCACGAUUGGUAAAUGUCUCUCCAUGCGUCAUUCAGUUUUUAUUUGGCGUAUUUAUACAUCUCCCAAAAGGACUUUGGGCUCUACAUAUUUAGACAUAUUUAUGCCAAGUAGAGAAUAAGGCUACAUCCCCUUUCCUCCUCCUCUGAUUGACAGUCGCUGUGUUUGCAGACGCCUCUGUGUGUGUCUGGAUGUCAGGACAUGUCGUUGGAUGGUUGUUUGCAUCAAGGGAAAUCCUCUAGAUGUCUCUUUACAGUCGUCCACUGGAGGGGCAGUGGAUCUCAUGGCCUCCCAUUGCACAGCCACAGGGGUCACAUGUGAGCGUGGUGACGGUUCAGGAGGGCGGACGUACAUUGUGAUCGUUACAGAGUGGGUGGCCCAGUUGGUGAACACCAGUCAGAGACCAUCACCAGGUUCACCAGGCGGCUCCCUCUGCAAAGCACAGCCUGAUCCAGCGUCGUGCUCCGGGCCGCAGGGUCAGGUAGUGAGGACCACCUGGUGGAAGGGAUCAGUUGAUGUUGCUCAUUCAUCAACCUUUCAAGCAUUUUGAAAUCAAAUAAUUAAUGGAGUUAAAAAAUCUUAAAAACAAGGUUGAAAAUCACACAUAGCAAAAUACUUUCAUUUAUAAAUCUCAAAUAAUUGUUUUUUAUAGAGUCCGAUACAAGAAAUUAAAUUUGCAAUAUUUAUAUAAACAAUCAGAUAUAAAAAAUGUUGCCAAUUAAUUUUGUGCAACUACAAUGUAGCUCCCGUAAGAUGACCUCCUCCCAGAAGGAAAGCAGGAAGAGACUCGGGCCGCGGCGACAUCGUGCGCUCGCUGAUAGGGGGAAGCAUGCCGAGCGUAACCACGGGGAUCCGAGCAUCUCCUCUGCCUCAUGAUGACAGCCCUCCAGCCGAGGGCCUCGUCCUGUGAGUCACGUCUCCCUAACAUGAGCUUCAGCCCGAUGACCAGAGGUCCUCCAUGGCGGCUCUGGGUCGCCACCCGGCUGGACGUCCAUGUUGAGCCCUGAGGAACAGACUGACGGGCUGGGCUCAGUCUGAGGUAACAGAGGCCCGGGGUCAACGCUGGACCCAGACAACACCGGCUUCAUCGCAGUGGAGAACUUCAGCCGCCUGGUGCAGCACCAUGAGCUGCAGCUGGACCCGUCCAAGCUGGACAUGCUGCUGGCGCUGGUCCACAGCAACGAGGACGGACAGGUGUGCUACCAGGAGCUCCUCGAGCUGAUGAGCAGUAAGCGCUCCAGCAGCUUCCGACGGGCCAUUGCAAAUGGCCGCCGCACGCUGCAGAGGGAGAUCCUGCUGGACGAGACGGGCCUGGGUCUGUACAAACGCUUUGUCCGCUACGUGGCUUACGAGAUCCUGCCCUGCGAGACGGACCGGCGCUGGUACUUCCACCAGAACCGCCUGUGUCCCCCACCUGUCUUCAUCGCCGUGGUCACCAUCGUCCAGAUCAUCGUGUUCAUGUGCUACGGCAUCAUGCUCAACAAGUGGGUGCUGCAGACCUACCAGCCCGACUUCAUGAAGAGCCCCCUGGUCUACCACCCGGGCCACCGGGCGCAAGUGUGGCGCUUCUUCAGCUACAUGUUCAUGCACGUCGGGUUGGAGCAGCUGGGCUUCAACGCGUUGCUGCAGCUGAUGAUCGGUGUUCCUUUGGAGAUGGUCCACGGCAUCUUACGCAUAAGUCUGCUCUACAUGGCAGGAGUGCUGGCCGGCUCGCUGACGGUGUCCAUCACUGACAUGCGUGCUCCAGUGGUGGGGGGCUCCGGAGGGGUCUACGCUCUGUGCUCAGCGCAUCUGGCCAAUGUCGUCAUGAACUGGGCCGGGAUGCGUUGUCCCUACAAGCUGCUCCGCAUGAUCCUGGCGCUGGUUUGCAUGAGCUCAGAGGUGGGUCGGGCCGUCUGGCUUCGCUUCUCCCCGCCGCUGCCGUCCUCGGGGCCCCAGCCCAGCUUCAUGGCGCACCUGUCGGGGGCGGUGGUCGGCAUCAGCAUGGGCCUUCUGAUUCUGCGCAGCUACGAGGAGAGUCUGCAGAAACAGUGCACCUGGUGGGUCAUAGUCUUCUCCUUCAUCACCUUUCUCCUCUUCGCCAUCUUCUGGAACAUCUUCGCAUACGAGCUGCUGGGGGUGCAGAUACCGCCUCCUCCCUGAUGAAGCCCCCCCCCACAGGCCCUCCUCCACAUACACACUGACACCACCCGGCUCAAAACAAAGGUUCCCCUUGGACCAUAGUUAGCAUUUCCUCUCAAGUUAGCUCGAAAUGAAAUGAUAUGAAAUCAUUCAAAACUAAAAUCAAACCAUGAAUCCUUUUUUAUAGAUACUCUGCAAAGUACGUCUCUUUUAUGAAAGAGGGAUGACAGUAGCAACAUGUACAGGUGAACGUCCCUCGGAUCCAUUUGGAAGAGCAUUAUAUCUUUUUAUAUAUUCGUUGAAAACUCAUCCGCAUUACCAGCACUAAACUUUGAGUGAACAUUGUUCACCAAUGUUCUUUCACCAUUCCUUUAACUGUAUUUACGGAGAGAAGAGUCAGAGCUGAUGAGGCGUGUGGUGAAGAGGAAAGGGAGGAAGAGGAGGAAAGGAAGAGUCUGCAGUGGCGGUGACGAUGCUGAUGACACGAUGGGAGAAGUUGUGUGUUCCAUGAGGGUCAGACAGCAGGAGGAGCUGCAGCCCGACACGCUGCUGUAGCCCUGAAGCAGUCGAUGCCUGAGAGCUCAGCUGGGAUCAGAGAUGCAGCUGCUUCAAAAGAACUGAAGGAGUUCUUUGGGAAGAGCUCAUGACCUGCUGCAGCUCACAGGGACGGAGACUUGAUCCGGAGUCGCUCACACUGAUGAAAACAGAAAACAACCGACGGAACUUUGUGUUUAAAUUCAGCUGCUAAGCAGGAACUCCUGCCCGAUUAUUAAACAUCAGCCACAAUGAUUUGCAGUGUUACAGGUUUUAAAGAUGUCUGUGGAUUCUGUCAUCCUCGAGGAGUAUCUUCAUCCUCGAGGAGUACCUUCAUCCUCGAGGAGUAUCUUCAUCCUCGAGGAGUACCUUCAUCCUCGAGGAGUACCUUCAUCCUCGAGGAGUACCUUCAUCCUCGAGGAGUACCUUCAUCCCCGAGGAGUACCUUCAUCCCCGAGGAGUACCUUCAUCCCCGAGGAGUACCUUCAUCCCCGAGGAGUACCUUCAUCCUCGAGGAGUACCUUCAUCCUCGAGGAGUACCUUCAUCCUCGAGGAGUACCAGCUGAGAGACAUUACUGUCAUUUUCCUUUCAUGGGGUCUUAGCAAAUUAGAAGACAUCUGUUUUUUUUACGUCAUCUCCAAGACAUCAUACCUACACUGUGGAUACAAACUCAUCGUUCACACAACAUAGACAAGACAUCAAGAUGGGAAAAGAAGCUCCAGGAGAAAAAAGAAAAUGAAAAAGAAGCUCAUGAGUAAAGGGUCACUGACGUUUCCUGGAUGGUCAUCACUUCAGAGAGGGAACUCCUCUUGUUGCUGGGUAGACUUACCACCAACUUGCUCGGCGCACCAUGUAAAAUAUGCCAUGUCAUGCUCUGUGGCUCACUGCGAGACAAGGACACACACACACACACACACGCACACACACACACACACACACACACACACUCUCUUCACCCUCUGUCUUGGAGAGCAGCCACUGUCUGAUUCAGCAGGUUGAUGAGGACGAACCGAAGAGAAGAACACCCACACACACACACACACACACACACACACACACACACACACUGGCCUCUGCCUGUUCUCGCUCUGACAGACUGAACUGGGGAGGGCAAGGAUGUGUCAUCACCUGACCUCUGACCUUUGUGUCCCACAGGGCAUUGGGGUCUCUCUGUCAGGCCCAGUCUAUACCUCAGCUUCUCAUUCUUAGGGACUGUAAACUUUUGUAAAGGACUAUAAAGAAGAAAAAAGAGUGUUA